AUGUCUUCUUUCAGCAGUGUAACUGAUCUCAAACCUUUCAAAUCCAUGUGGAAGAUAAAGGUUAAGAUCGUUCGUCUUUGGAAGCAGUAUUCCCCUGCAGGAGGAUUAACAAUGGAGAUGGUCGUCGUCGACUCUAACGGAACGAAAAUUCAUGCUUCCGUGAAGAAGGAAUUGGUGAAUCGAUUUGAUCCCGUUCUGUCACAGGGUGAUUCGAAGAUUCUCAUCAACUUCUCAGUUGGUCACUCAUAUGGUUCGUACCGAACUACUAACCAUCCAUACAAGAUUUCUUUCCUUGAAACCACACGUGUGAGAAACUGCGAGUUGCCUAUUGUGGUUUCUGGGUUUGAUCCUGUAAACUACCGUGAUAUUCUUGAUGGGUCGCUCAAUUCGGACUACUUGGUUGAUGUCAUUGGGCAAAUUGUUGAAGUAUCUCCAAUUGAAGUUCUCUCAAUCAAUGGUAAAGAGACAAACAAGAUGGCCUUGGAACUAAGAAAUGCCGGAUUUGGGAAAAUCAAAGUUUGGAAAGAUGAACGCAGUAUAUCAAAUGCAUACAAUGUCUCCGAAGUGCAACUAAAUCCACCCAUGUCUGAAGUUCAAGAUUUUCUUGCAGUGUUGCCCAAGGACGAAUUGUCUUUAGUAAUUGUCGAGACAAAGCCAUUGUCUAUUUCCUCUGGUGUUUUUGAAAAGGAUGAUUUUUUUAUACACACCCCAAGAAAAACCAUUGCUCAGCUUUCUGAAUCUAGAGAGGUUGAGAAGUGUAUUGUGAUGUGCACCAUUGCAGGCAUUGAUCCUGAUAUGGGAUGGUAUUAUUUAAGCUGCAAAGUCUGUGCGAAGAAGGUUUUGAAUGUGCCGAAUGACGCUGUCGAUGAUGAGGAUGAUGAAAAUCCCAUGAUGUUCAGCUACUAUUGUUCUAAAUGCCAAGUUUCGAAUCCUAAACUUCUACCAAGAUACAAGCUGCAUUUGAUUGUUGUUGACAGCACCGGCACUUCGAAGUUCCUCCUAUUCGAUAAUCUUGCAAUUCAGUUAAUUCAUCAGCCUUGCAUUGAAUUGGUUGGACCGAAUGUUGAUGAGAUCGAGGAACCGGAUGCUAUACCUCUUCCUCUUCUGAAUUUGGUUGGAAAGACAUAUUUGUUCAAGGGUUCUCUCAUGGUAUCUCCUGCGUCUUCUGGUGAAGGAGAAGGAAGUGAUAUCACUCCCGCAAAACGCAUAGGAACACCUAUUGUUAACUUGGAGGAAGCAUUUGAUCAGAGUUCUGUUACAAGGACACCAUGUACAACUCGAAUCAAGAAGGAAAAGCCUGAUAAAAGUGGCUGA